GAUUUAAUGUGACACCUGCUUUCAAAGUCACCACUGUCAGGACCGGGAGGAUUAGAAAGACCGCAAUGCAGUGCAAGGAAACUCAGAACAAAGAGUGGGCAUCACCAUACAUCCAAGAAGACCAAGGCACAGAAACAGGAAACAGAUGACACCACCGUCUCCAUUGGGGCUAAACCCCCUGGAAAACUAAGCACUAUGGCAAAUUAAUGGCUAGCUGCUACUAACAGCAGAUCGACACAAAAGUGUAAUAUGAACACGACCAUGUACGUGGACUACAGAGUCUUCACGGGUCAGAUAAACGACACAACGGCGGUCGUCUCUGAUUUCCUGCAGGCAGCAUCAGAGAGUCAUCAGCUUUAUAGCAUCAGCCUCUUCCUCUCCAGCCUCUACAUUAUAUUCCUGUUCCCUGUCGGCUUCAUCGGGAACAUCCUCAUCUUAGUGGUCAACCUGUACCACGGGGGCCACCUGACAGCCCCGGACCUCUACUUUGUGAACUUGGCCGUGGCCGACCUCGCCCUCGUGGCCGACUCUCUGAUCGAGGUGUUCAACCUGAAGCAGGGCUACUACGACAAGCCCGGCCUCUGCACCUUCAUGAACCUUUUCCAGCAGGCCAACAUGUACAGCAGCGUCUUCUUCUUAACCUGGAUGAGCUUCGACCGGUUCGUCGCGCUGACUGGCUUCAUGGGUCGCAGCAUGCCGCGCGCACGCCUCAGCUGCUGCCUCAUCUGGGUGUCCUCGUCUCUGCUCACCGUGCUUCCGUUCGCUGUAGCUCAAAGGCAGCAUGCUGGAGAGCUCCAAUUCUGCUUCGCAAACGUGACCCAGAUUCAGUGGUUGGAGGUGAUGCUGGGUUUCCUGUUGCCUUUCUGCAUCUUGGGUGUGUGCUACUGGAGAAUAGCACAGGUGCUCCAGCAGAGCCAGAGGGGACAGGAUGGCCCGCAGCAGAGGCCUCGCAGGCAGAAGGCCCUGCGGAUGAUCUCAGCAGCCGUGUUAGUCUUCUUCCUCUGCUGGCUCCCGGAGAAUGUGUUUGUGAGUGUUCACCUUCUAAGAGGUGAUGGAGACGGCAGCACGCUGUGGCAGGACUACCCCCUGACGGGUCAUGCCGUCAGACUGGCGGCCUUUUCUAACAGCUGCCUGAACCCGCUCAUCUACAGCUUGCUUGGGGAGACCUUUCGGGAUAAACUGAGGAGCAGAUGGGCCAAGCUGCACAGGUCGGCCUCAGGAAAAUCUAUUUUUGUACCAGCUGCAAACACAUGUGGCCAUGCAGCAUGCGACAGACCAACCCAGUCCACACAUUUAAGCUCCAACAUCCCUCCACAAACUGUUCUACUCCCCUCAAAUAAAUACCAACUGUGUCAUCAGUAAUGGACAAUGUAAAAGCAAGACUCCAAAUCUAGUGGAAAUGCUUGUGUCGAAUCAGUUAUUUAAGGUUUAUGCUUACUAUUUAUUGGGAAAUUUGGCAUUGUUUUGAUAGGCAUCG